AUGAAAUCUUUAAAUAUAGGAAUCCUUUCUCUAAUCUUGCUUUUAGGUGUUGCCUACACUUAAGCCCCAAAGAACAGCGCUAAAAUAUGCAAUAGUAGUCAUGACUGCUAGGACUAAGGCUUUAACAAAAUAUGUCUACCAGAUGGAUAAGGUAAUAAAACAUGCCAGCAUAGAUGUGCUGAUCCACAAAAUCUCCUUGAGUGCUUCAGUCAACCAUUGAAAAGGUUUGGUGAUGAUAUUUGUGACAAGCCUUGCAACGAAAGCGAAGAAUGCGAAAAAUCUGCAACUUGUAGACUUUGUAUUUCAGACGGCAAAGAGAAGACCUGUCAACACAGAUGCCUAGCUGAUUUACAUAAGAAUGAGCCUGAAUGCCUUGCAAUGAAACAAAUACAAAAUAAAAUUUUUGGAGCAAAACAAUGCAAUGAAGUAUGCGAAAACAGUACAGAAUGCGAUAAGUCUAGCUCUUGUGGUUUAUGCAUACCUUCUGGCGAGAUUAAAAUCUGCCAACACAGAUGCCUUGCUGAAGAAUUUAAGAAUGAACCUGAGUGCCUAGCUAGAAAUAAGGACACUAUGAAGUCAUUCGCAACUCCCGUAUGUGGAGAUUCUUGCUAAUCCCAUGAUUAAUGUAAAGGCGCUAACUCAUGUGAUCUUUGCAUUCCUAAUUCAAAUGGUGAAGGGAUCUGCUAACACAGAUGUUUGCUCAGUAAUAGCGUUGAAUGUCUUGUAUUCAAGGCUAAAUAAGCAAUCUUUAGAAUGUACUGA